AGAGACGGAUACUCCAUUUAAAUACCUCUUCGUCUUCAAUUCUCACCCUCGGCGCUUAAUCACUCGGAGAAACCCUAAGAGGCUACCAUGGGUAUUUCUCGUGACUCCAUCCACAAGAGGCGUGCUACGGGAGGCAAGCAGAAGCAAUGGAGGAAGAAGCGAAAGUAUGAAAUGGGAAGGCAGCCUGCCAACACCAAGUUAUCGAGCAACAAAACGGUCAGAAGAAUCAGGGUUCGUGGAGGUAAUGUGAAGUGGCGUGCCUUGAGACUUGAUACCGGUAACUACUCCUGGGGAAGUGAAGCCGUUACCCGCAAGACCAGAGUCCUUGAUGUGGUCUACAAUGCAUCCAACAACGAGUUGGUCCGUACAAAAACUCUUGUCAAGAGUGCUAUUGUACAGGUGGAUGCUGCUCCCUUCAAGCAGUGGUAUCUCCAGCACUAUGGUGUUGAGGUUGGUCGCAAGAAGAAGAAUGCUGGUGCCUCCACCAAGAAGGAAGGAGAGGAUACUGAAGAUGCUCCAGCCGCAGCUGCUGCUACACCUGAGGAGACCAAAAAGAGCAACCAUGUCCUGAGAAAGAUUGAGCAACGUCAAGAGGGUCGCAGUCUUGAUUCCCAUAUUGAGGACCAGUUUGCAAGCGGUCGUUUGUUGGCUUGUAUCUCGUCAAGGCCUGGUCAAUGCGGGCGUGCUGAUGGAUACAUUCUGGAAGGUAAAGAGCUAGAGUUCUACCAGAAGAAGAUCCAGAAGAAGAAGGGAAAGGGUGCUGCUUAGACGUCGAUCUUCUUUUCUUGAACUUCAAACAUGUUUUGAAUUUUCAGUUUCAUUUGUAUGAGAACCUAUGUUUUUGGAUUAGCUUGCUAUGGAAUUUCAUAAACUCCUAUCAGUAUUACGCUGCCAUGGUUUUGUCUCGGAUUUUUUUUAAUAUUGAAAUUAUAAUCACC